GUAAAUAGAAAAUUGUUAUUGUUAUCUCCGCAAAAUACACUUUCUUAGUGGAAUUUUGGUUAAUAGCAACUGACAAUCAACGACCAGGCUUGCUAAAGUUUGGAUUACUUCCUGUCGAACACGCUCCCUCUUCCGUAGCUGAUAAGCAAACGAAACAAAAUGGUAUUCGGACUCCUGUUGCGCGGUGGACUCGUCGCUGGUGCUGUUUACUACACGAACAAGGCUGGCGUCUGGGGCAAUCCCGAGGAGUCGCAUAAGCUGUACAACAACGUGAAGGCGAAGCUCUGUCCCUAUGUCCAAAAGGCGAAGAAGCAGCUGCCGUUCGAGGUGCCACAGCUACCCAAGGCGGGCGAGAUGCGUUUCCUGGCCAAGCACUACUACAACGAGGGGGUGAAGAGCUCCUUUCGGUUUGUCCACAUGCUGCCUUGCUAUGCGGGCCGAGGCCUCAAGAAGGUGAAAGAUACAUUCGAAGACUUUGCCAAAUCCCCAGCGAUCACCGCCAGCGAAAAGCCUGCAACGGUGACGGCGAAAUAGUUGUCCAAUUAUGUGCGCUUGUCUGUUCAAUAGCAGGCUGUUUUCAUGUUAGUUCAUAGUUAGUCUAUUGAAUACUAUGUUUAUGUAUGAAAAAACCUCAACUCUCCCCAAGAACACACAGACAAACUAUCGAGCAGCUCUGCGUCGGAUGAGAGAGUCGGAGAUGAUGAUAGAAUAUUAAUUUACCUCUCUCUCUGUCUUUGAGUAUUGUGCUCGAGCUUCUGUGCUAGCAAUAAACAAUAUUAUGUCUUAAGCGUGAAAGCCGCCUUGAAACCUCAUUAAA